AUGCGCAUUGACCACGCAUGGGUCUGUUCCCGCAUCCUCUUGCCGGACUCGGCAGAUACCAGCCAGAUCCGCUCACUGGUCUUGCCGGGCAUCCACGAUGAAAAGGUGACCGAGCUCGGCGACGCCCUGGACGCCUUUACCGGCAUCGAAGUCCUGGAUCUCUCCCGCAACGCUCUGACCUCGAUCGACCCGCUCGCCUCGUCCUCCUUUCCGCACCUUCGCAAGCUCAAUCUGUACUACAACCGGCUUCCGGAUCUCGACGCGCUCGCUCCGCUCGCUGCGCUCCCGGCCCUCCGCGAGCUCGACCUCCGGCUCAACCCGGUCUCCAAGGUUGCACCGUCGUAUCGGCUGCGGGUCAUUGCCGCCUUUCCAAACCUCACCCGCCUCGACGAGCGUGACGUGCGCGAGUCGGAGCGCCGUGCCGCCGCCCGGCUGGCGCCGCCGACGCCGGCGCCUGUCUCCCCACCACUGCAGACGCGGACAGCGACAGCCUCGCGCACCUCGCGCAUCUCGCGCCCACACCCGCCACCGUCGCCGUCCCUUCUUUCGGCGCUGAUCGAGUCGCCAACGCCUGCACCGCGACAGGCGCUGCCGCCGGCGCCGUCGUCGACCCAGCGGGCAUUGGUGUUCGUGCCGUCGCCGCGGCGGACCGGGCCUGUGCCGCGGGAGCCGGUCGACGAUGUCGUCGAUGCCCUCAUGGACGUCCUCGCCAAUGGUCCACAGUCGGCCUCGGCGCUUCGUGCCCAGUUUAAGUCGGCACUCCUCUGCCACAUCGACUCGCUCGGCCAGCCGCCCCCGUCAGCGAUGGCCUCGGCGCCACCGGCCGCCAACGCCGAAGCGCUCUGCGCCGAGAUCGACCAUCUCCAGGCUGCAGCGGCGCGUGAAAAGGCGCACUCGGCCCAGCUCUCAGCCACGGUCGAGGCGCUCAAUCGUCAGAUUGCCGCGCUCACUACCGAGCUCGAGCGCGCUGCCGUCGCCCGCGACGACAUGCACGCCGCCACCGCCAUGCUUAAGGAGGCCCACGCUGCGCUCCUCGCCAACAACGAGGCGCUUCUCGAGCGCGUUGCAGCCCAGGACGCAGCCGCCGAGGCCAACGCUGCGGCUUGGAAGGCUAACUUUGACGAGCUCGUCGCUCUCAUCCCCGACGGGCGAGGCGCCCAGGCCGAGGACGAGGAGGGCAGGAGCGAGGGAGCUGUCGGGGGGCCAGAGGCGGCCGGAGCUGGGGAAGCACAGAGUGGAGCCGAGAGUGGGCCAGGCAGCAGGCCCCACGGCCUCGCCGAGUACUCGUCAGUGCUGGACUCCGACGAGCUCUCUGUGGCGGAGAUUGAGUUUGUGCAGGCGCCAAACCAGGCGCAGCAGCGGUGGGGGAAGGGCAGCGGCAACAUCCCGCUCAAUGACUCUCAGGCCUCGCAGGCAUCGACCGGCGCAGGACGCGGGAGAGCGACGUCAGCCGGCUGCUCGUCGAGUAUGGCGCAUCACGGUUCGAUUGAUUUCAGCUCGACGGUGGCGACGCUGUCGGAGCGGACGCGCGUGUAUGACGAUGCCGUGGACGGUGGCACGUCGAGCUGCGGGCGGCUUGGCUCGUCGACACCUGCCAUGAUCUUUGAGCGAACGGUCGAGGCCGAGGCCGAUGACGAUCCCGGAGUGCUCACUGUGGUCUCAGCCAUGCGGACGCCGCGGUCACCUAGGUCAGCACGGUCGUCGCCGCGGUCGGCGCCGCGUACGCCGCGGUCGCCUCGGUCGGCCGGCGCCAGCCGCGAGCUCGUCUUUGAGCGCUCAGUCGAGUCGUCAUGGGUCGGCGACGAUGACGACCUUGACGACCCGGCGUCGAUUGUUUUUGAGCGGUCUGUCGAGUUGGUGCGGCAUCGCGCCGCGCGCCGAAGCGAGGAUACCGACUCGGACAUCUCGGAUGCCGACGGCGUCUUUGAGCGGUCGGUCCAGCAUGACUCGGUCUCGGUGGCGAGCAUGCCGCCGGCGCAUAGCACGCCGCCGCGAGCUGGCCACCUGGCGCCGGUCUCUGAACAGCAACUGUCGCUGGAGGAGGCUCUCGCCAUCAUCCGCAACGCCAAGAAAGCGGCGCUUCCGGCCCGGCUCUCGCCACACUGCCGCUCGCGGCUGACCAUCGUGCCGUCUCCGCCGAGCGUUGUGGCCGUUCUGGAAGACACUCUGCCGGGCAAGUGCCGUUUGCAGUUUGGCCUGCUCGCGGCGUACGUUGAUGGUGGCGUGGCGUGCGUCCGCGACGAGACCGGCUUUGCCUGGUUUGAGGCGACGCUGCUCUCGGUCACCGACGCACGAUCUUCGCAAUGGCAGGCGCCGCGCCUCCCGCUUGCCGACAUGGUGACGCCGGCACAAGCCGCCGAGCUAACCAUGCACGUCCGCAUUGUCUCGCGGGUCAAGGCCGUUGUCGACGCGGUCGGCCUCGUCCCGCUCACCGAGCUCGCAAGCCGAUCGCCAAAGGCGUCCGUAUCAGCUCCACCAUCGCUUCACUUUAGCGCCCUGCUGCGACUCCCCGGCCGCUUGCCUCCCGCCGUCCUCGGCUCUGUCGCCGGUGCCCUCGAGCUGCACACCAUUGGCUGAAGACUGGACGCGUCAGGUUACUUGCGCCCGUAUUGAAGACAGCGACCGA